AUGAUUCACACUGGGGAAAGUCCUUAUAAUUGUGAAAUAUGCAACAAUGAUAAAAUGAUUCACACUGGGGAAAGUCCUUAUAAUUGUGAAAUAUGCAAUACAACUUUUGCAACAAAGCAAAGAUUAAACCAACAUAAAAUGAUUCACACUGGAGAACGUCCUUAUAAGUGCGAUAUGCGCAAUAAAACAUUUACAAGAAAGCAAACAUUAAACGAACAUAAGAUGAUUCACACUGGGGAAAGUCCUUAUAAUUGUGAAAUAUGCAACAAUGCAUUCACAACAAAGCAAAGCUUAAAUCGACAUAAGAUGAUUCACACUGGAGAACGUCCUUAUGAAUGCAUAAUAUGCAAUAAAAGAUUUACACAGGCAAUAACUUUGAAAAACCAUUUAUCUGUUCAUAUUGGAGAACAUCUUUACAAAUGUGAGAAGUGUGGCAAAACAUUUUCAAGAAAACACUAUUUAAAGCUACAUGUUAAAACCCACACUGAAGAACAAACGUCUUGAAACAUUUGAAUGGGAUUUAUGCAAUGAAUUUGCUCCAAAACAUACAUUGGAUGUACAUUUUAUGUAACACACUUAUUAGUGUUGUCACAAAAGCUAAAUGUUCAUAAAUGUAAUAAUAAGCAAUAAAAGAAUUUCAGUAUUGGGUGGAAAACGAUGUCAUAAUUAAUGUAAAACGUGCAAUGAAAUGUUUACAAUGAAACAAUAAUUGAACCUACAUAAAAUGACCCAUACUGCAGUACAACCUCAUAUAUGUGGAAAUAUGUGGAAUGUAAUAAAACAUUCACGGGAAACAAAUAUAGAACGGAUAUGGAAUGAUACAUGCUUUUCAGAUUGAAAUUUGAUCAAGCUAGACUUCUUUAAAAAUUAUAGUGUAAGAAAACUGACAAAGAAAAUUUAAAUUAAUGGUGAAACCGAUCAUCUUUGUAAUUCUUUUUACUUACUCUAUAUAUAUUAUCAGAAUAUUAUUUGUUUAUUAUUAUUAUCAGAAUGUUAUUUGUUUCAG